GGGAAGGAAACGAAGAGACAUCAUAUCCUCCUCCUUCUUCUUUUUCACCGAGUUACAAACCCUGAGUUUUGUAUGUGUUUUUCCAGAUUAAAACACAACGCCCCCCAACGCUGAACUUUAGCCGACAGCGUGUUUCAUAUCCAGUAAUUAGACAGCCUCCACACAAGUGUGGGUGAGCUUUGUGUGCGUCAGUUGGGGCUCCAGGACUCUUAAUCUGGAUUAUCAUGCGUGCUCUUCAUCAUCAGCCUGGUGAGCUGUGAUUCUCAGCAGCGCGCGACACAUCUGGAUGGAGGCAGCCGGUGAAGGGAGGUGUGUGUGUGUGAGAGAGAGAGAGAGGGAGAGAGAGAGAGAGAGAGAGGGAGAGAGAGAGAGGGAGAGAGAGAGAGAGAGAGAGAGGGAGAUGUUCCACUCGUUGUGCGAUUGGAGGACCCAGCAGACGGCAUCGCUGACCGGCGCGUUUACUCACGUUCCCAAAUCCUCUCUUUGUGUGCCUCGGCUGCUGUGAUGUGAAAUCUAGAAAAUGGCGGAGAGUGGAAAGAACGGCGAGAGAAGAGGCCAGGAUGAUGGGAGGAGAGGAGGUGGUGGCCCCCCCCCGGCCGCCGGCAUCAAGAGGCACCUCCCGCGGGGCAUCGUGAUCCAGCUGACGGGCACGGAGGGCGAGUGGGACAGCCUGGACGACGGCGAGCUCAUCUUCUCCCUGGACCACGAUGACGACUGCCCCUCCGCCUCCCCCCCCAGGGGGGGGCAGCCUUCCGUCGAGGACAACCACAAGCUGCGUUCCCCGGCUUUCCACGUCCCGCUCUCCCCCUCGGACCCCGGCUCUCUGGGCGACUGCUUCCUGUCGCCGGGUCCUUCCUCCCCCCCCCACCGGCCCCUCGCCAGCCUGGUCAAGUCCCUCUCCACCGAGCUGGAGCUCCAGGAGAGCUCCUCCCUGAGGCCCAGGCCCGUCAUCAGCCUGGUGAAGUCCAUCUCCACCGAGAUCUCCCGCUCGGAGCCGGAGGUGUCGCAGUCCAGGUCCGACUCCCGCCUCAACCUGCACAUGUGGAAGCAGCUCACCCAGCCCAGAGGGGACUCCCGCACCGCCCCCCCCUCUCCCAGCGCACACUCCCCCACCGCCGAGGCUCUGAAAGGGGGCUUCUUCAAAAUGGAGCUGGAGGACACCAAGAGGAAGCUCUCUGAGGCCGUGCACGAGCCCUUCAGCAGCAUGUUCAGCAAGAUCAUGAGGGAGGAGGGCAGAGGCCACGGCGCCCCCCAGGUGGGCCCCCGGGGUCCGGGGCACGAAGGUGGCACGGACGCAGUUCUCUCCGAGUCUCCCGUGAGGAACGCCAGAAAAGCCGAGGCUGAUGUUUUGCCCGCGUUCGAGUGGCCCGGGAGGGGCCCGCGGGGGCCCCGCUGCCCCGUGCACCACAGCCGGACCGAGGAGCCGGAGCCCAACGCCGCGCCGGACCCCGUCGACGAGCCCCCCGGGCAGAGGGCGAGGGCGUCGCCCACCGGGGCCGCGCCCCUGGUCCGGACCUUCGAGCCCCCCCCGCCCCCUGGCCCUCUGCCCUGCAGGAGUUUGUUCUGCGUGGCGGUGCUGUCCUACGGCUACUUCGUGCUGCCGCUCAGCCCAUACCUGUCGGGCCUGGCGCUGGGCCUGGCGCUGGGCUUCUUGCUGGGACUGCUGCUCAUCAGGAUGGGCUCCCCCAGGUCCCGCCGCUCAGCCUCUGCACACAGGGCGGCACAGACUCCGUCAGGGGGGGGGGUUCUGCCGGGCGUCGACGUCGGCACGGAGCCGGACGCGCUGAAGGGCUGGAUGAACGAGGUGCAGGACUACGACCCGGAGACGUGGCCUCCGGCUGUGACGCACCCCGUGUUUGCCGCCCUGCGGGGCUCUCGUCUCCGGCUCGACGUCGGGCGCCGCGCCGCGCACGACGAGAGGCCCCACGAGGCCGCCCCCGUGCCGUCACGCUGCUUCCAGCUCGCACACAGCAAAGUGUUCCUGCUGCCCUCUGUGCUGGCUCGGAAGAGAACGUGGAAUCCAAAGUAUCCCGUUUGCAUCCAACUGGCCGCGGGACCCAGCUCCCGGGAGGACGAGGGGGGGCGAGCGGAGGACGGUCGUCCACGGCCCAGUUCCUCCAAACGCGGCCCGGACCCGGACCCCCCCACCACCCUUUACCUCUUCGGGCGCACGGGAAGAGAAAAAGAAGAGUGGUUUCGCCACUUCCUGUUCGCGUCCACGGAGGCGGAGGCGGAGAGACGGGAUGAACCAGCGGGGGCGGCGAGCGUAGCUUCCCCGAGCGGCUUGGACGAGGACGGCGACGCCCCCCCGACGCCCCCGCUCGCAUGCGCCCCCCCGACGCCUCCGCUCAGCCAGGCCUCCGCUGGCACCGGGGGCCUCCUCCCGCUGGACUACGCCGGCUACAUGGCCCGUCUCCUGGCCGCGGAGGAGGGGGCCCCCCCCUGGAGCCCCGGGGCCCGCGGCGCCGAGACGAGUCCCACGCUCAGAGGAAACUGCACCUGUGAUCCGGCGGAGCGGCCCGGUUCGAGCCCGACGGCGUGGGCCAACGCUCUGAUCGGUCGAGUCUUCUGGGACUUCCUGCGGGAGAGGCGCUGGUCCGACGCGGUUUCCCACAAGAUCCAGAAGAAGCUGAGCAAAAUCAGACUGCCUUAUUUCAUGAAUGAGCUGACUCUGACUGAGCUGGACAUGGGCUGCUCCAUGCCACAGAUCACCUCUGCCUCCGGACCACAGGUCAACCACAGAGGCCUGUGGGUGGAGCUGCAGCUCGUGUACACCGGCGCCCUGCAGAUGACCCUGCAGACAAAGUUCAACCUGUCCAGGCUGGGCAAAGACGGCGGUCAGGAGGCCGACUGCGCGGCCGAAGCCGCCAGCCACCGGCCCGUGGUCGGCGUGUUGGCGGACAGCGACGAGGAGUCGUCCAGCGCGGGCUCGUCCGACGAGGAGGAGCCGCCGGCGUCCGAGCCUCAGGCCCCGGCAGGGGAGAGAGGCUGCUCGCCGGCUCCUGAUGGGACGGGGGGCGGAAAGACCGGGCGGAAGAUUUUGAGGUUUAUGGACAAAAUAGCCAAGUCCAAGUACUUCCAGAAGGCGGCAGAGAACGAGUUCAUCAAGAAGAAGUUUGAGGAGAUGUCCAACACGCCCCUGCUGCUCACCGUGGAGGUCCAGGAGCUGUCAGGGACUCUCGUCGUCAACAUCCCGCCGCCUCCAACGGACAGGAUAUGGUACAGCUUCCGCGCCCCGCCCAAGCUGGACCUUCAUGUCCGUCCCAAACUCGGGGAGAGGGAGGUCACCUUCUGUCACGUCACCGAGUGGAUUGAAAAGAAGCUGCAGGACGAGUUCCAGAAAGUCUUCGUGCUGCCAAACAUGGACGACGUCUGCUUACCUGUGAUGCGCUCGCUGGUGGACGCUCGGCCCUCCAGCGAGUCCACGGAGAGGCUCCCGGCCGGGGGCCACGAGUCGGACUAGACGGGCUUCAAACCCACGUUUACACGCCAGGGUCGCUGCCUCCACGCCACCUCGGUGACGUCAAACCCUGAGGAGCAACAGGGAGGCAGAAGAAAGCCUUUUCCUCUUUUAUAGCAAAGACCACUCUGCCAUCCCGCUCCAUGCGUGUAAUCGAUGUGAUGCCUGAUGCUCAAGAAAAAGCCUCCAUUAAACACACGGCUGAAUAUUAAAAGACGACGUUGGUGUUUUUCUUCAUGAUGAUGGAUCACUGAGAAGACUCGACCUGGUGGGAAAAACAACGCGUGAAAUGGAAUCACAUGAGGAAGACGUGUGAGUGGGAGGGUGUGUGUGUGUGUGUGAGUGUGUGUGUGUGUGUGUGUGUGUCGCUCUGCUGGACACCGUUGAGUUAUUUGCGUCAUGGUUCAUUGGAGCAGCUCUGCUCAGUGUCUAAUGAUGUUGUUAUUCCACCACAUGAAGACAUUAGUCCUCAUGAAGACAUCAUAGCAAUGAUCCGGUUCUUCCAAAGGCUUCAUGGUGAAUAUGAAGGUUUUCGGUGGUGAGGAGCUCCAGGAGGGGCGAAGGUUCUUCUGCUGAGAUGAUCUGUCCGAUGGUCUUCCAUCGCCAUGCAGUGGCAGUUGGAUCCGAUGUGGCGCGUUUGUUGUUGUUAGCAGCUGUUGAACAUGUGUUGAGCUUUAGAGGGCAGCACCUGUCCAUCGCUCAGCAGGAGCUCAGCAGACACGCUGUCAGUCAGGAGAGCUCACUAAGAGAUCCCUGCUCAUUGGGAAGGUGGUGACAGAAGAUUACAGAUGAUCCUUCAACCUUGUUGCACUAAUCAUUAUUGUUGACAUUUGCACACAUCAAAUAUCUUAAGUGAUUAUUAUAACUCCAUAUUGUAAUGUUACUGAUUAAACACAUGGUGUCGUUUAUGGAUUUAAUGAUGUCUUAUUGCUUGGAUCUGGUGUUAGUUAACAGGUUAUAAUCAUCAAUCAUGUGAAAACAUCACCUACAAAUAACUGAAUGUAUUCCAGUGUUUGUGGAGAAAGCUCCUUUACAAAAGGUCACGUUGUGUAAAGUCCUUAAAGCACCAAGUCCAACUGAAGGGAAAAUCCAUGUCGGCAGUGAAAAAGUGUCCAUUGAGUCUGAUGUAAGACACUAAACGCCUUCUAUGCUGUGUGUGUGUG